CCGCUGGUGAAGAAGAGGAUGGUCAUGUAACGAUGAUGCUGAGUUUAGAGCUGACAUAACACGUUUGCUGCGCCGUGUUCACGCUGGCACCACACCUGUGGAGUGAAAACAUAGCGGCAUCCUCGUGACGUCAUCGGCCGGCGACUUUAUUUACUUCUGGUCCAGUUCAGUUAGCCGCUGCCGCUGAGCCACCGCUCGCCCGCCGCGAUGGAAGUAAACAGGGAUGAAGCGGAGCGCUGCAUUGACAUCGCGACCGCAGCGCUAACCAGCAACCGGCCGGACAAGGCGCAGCGGUUCUUGGAGAAGGCGCAGAGACUCUUCCCGACAGAGAAAGCGAAGGUACUGCUCGAGCUAAUAGCGAAGAAUGGCUUCACACCCAGACAAGGCGGCCACUCAGACUUCAGUGGGGCGUCGGGGCCUCGGCAGCGGCAGACCAACCACGAGGACCACGAGGACGCCAGACCUGAAGAAAAGCCCUCAGAGACCUCGAAAUCCUACACGGCAGAUCAGCUGGAGGCUGUGAGGAGGAUAAAACAAUGUAAAGACUUCUAUGAAAUUCUUGGGGUCCAGGCGGACGCCUCCGAGGACGAACUCAAAAGAUCGUAUAGAAAACUCGCUCUGAAGUUCCACCCAGACAAGAACCAUGCUCCUGGUGCUACAGAGGCUUUUAAAGCUAUUGGGAAUGCUUAUGCUGUUCUGAGUAAUGCUAACAAAAGAAGACAGUACGAUCAGUGUGGAGAGGAGAGGAGGCAUCCGUCCACACAGGGCCCAGAUAACGGAAACUUCGAGCCAGAUAUUUCACCAGAGGAUCUCUUCAAUAUGUUCUUUGGAGGAGGCUACCCAACAAGCAACGCUAAUGUCUACACUAACGGGCGGAUGCGUUACCCGAGGCGAGAGAGGAGGGAGCGCCAGCGAGAUGGAGGCCUCGCUCUGUUCGUGCAGGUUAUGCCCAUCCUCAUCCUGGUUAUUGUGUCCGCCCUCAGUCAGAUCAUGGUCAACAGCCCCACCUACAGCCUCAGCUUCAGGCCGUCAGCAGGUUACACGCAGAAGAGGCUUACUGAGAACCUGAAGGUGCCGUACUACGUGGGGGAGCAUUUCUCCAAGGAGGUCAACGGAGUGAAUCUGAAGAAUUUGGAGCGGACGGUGGAGGAUGAUUAUAUUUCCAACCUCCGCAACAACUGCUGGAAGGAGAAACAACAAAAGGAAGGGAUGCUUUACAGAGCCCGCUAUUUUGGAGACAACGAUCUGUACCAGAGAGCACAGAGGGCUCGCACACCGAGCUGCGCCAAGCUGUCCGAGAUCACGGCUUCAUUACAUGGUUGAGGAUGCUUUCCUAAAUUAAAAGUUUUUCCGGAGUCAACACAAAACAUUAUCGGCUGUAAAUACAAGAGCUUUAACAAUUCUGGAAGAGGACUCAAGCAACACGAACAAACCAGCACCAAUCUGCAUCAAGCUGACCACACGAACCGGCUGACAAACCGUUUCUGUGGAAUUUAAGUAUGUGAAAUGAAAAAUAAUGUCAUGUUAUAAAAACGAUAACAUUUUCGAAAAAUGGAAACGACACUUUUAAAAGAGCUCGUCCUCCCGACGAGACAGAGGUCUGGAAAACCUCCACGUGAGCCAUUUAGAUGAGAUUUUUUUUGCUGUUGUGAGAAUGCAGUUUGAAAGCAGAACACAGUGAGGUUAGAUGUAGUUGUGCGGAUGUUAUUUAUGUAGCAGUGGACUAGAUAUCACAGUGAAUGCUUCCUCUUUGUUUUUAUGCUGUCAGAUCAGCUGUGGAGAUACAAAUGGGGGGCGGGUAUUUGCUGAUUUGACUUUAAUGCACAUUCUGAAACUAUGCAGGAAUAAUGUGAAACCUCUGGUCAAUAUACACUCAUGUCUAAGGUUUGUCAGACACUUGAAACACCUGAGAUGAUUCUUCUUCUGCUGUGUGUGUGUGUGUGUGUGUGUGUGUGUGUGUGUGUGCGUGCGCGCAACCUCUGGUCAAUAUACACUCAUGUCUAAGGUUUGUCAGACACUUGAAACACUUGAGAUGAUUCUUCUUCUGCUGUGUGUGUGUGUGUGUGUGUGCGUGCGUGCGUGCGUGCAUGUGUGUGUGAGAGAGAGAGAGAGCAAUUAGGAAAUGUCCCUUUACACUUUGCCUCCUGUAGUUGUCUUAAAGGUAGAAAUAUAUACAGUAGUGUAACUUUAAUGGUACUUCACAAUAAAAGCCAAGAGAAUGAGAGACGUGCCUUUUAACAGGUUCUAGUUUUGGAGCAUAAUGUCUCUGUUGGGGGAAAAAAGCAAUCUUUGUCACACUUUUUAAGUUUAAAGUACGCUAAUUAUUUUUUUGUAUUAUUUAUUUAAAGAAAAAAAAAGGAUUAUCAGACUAAGAGAACAGUACAAACCCUGCUCACUUUUUUCCACCUUGUUUUUACUCCCUGAUGAAAAUAAAAAUGGACGCUUAAAAA